GUCGGAAAGAUAGACGGUUCACCGAAUCAACCAACCAAACAAAAUUCGUCCUUCCCCACCGUUCUAGCGGACAAAUCUCUGCUAUGCUCGUGUAUAACUUUAGUAUAUAUACGUCCUGUGUUCUCCUCCGGAGUUUUGAAUUAAGCAGAGGCACCAAAACACAAGCUACGUGCAAAGUUCAGCCAGACCUUGAGUUGCUACCUACCUGCUAGACACUACACCAGCAAUGGCCGGAGCAGCAGACGACGUGAAACUGCUGGGCAUGUGGGCGAGCCCGUACGUCCUGCGAGUGCGCCUUGCGCUCAGCAUCAAGGGCAUCCGUUACGAGUACGCGGAGGAGGACCUUCGGCACAAGAGCGAGCUGCUCCUCCGGUCAAACCCCGUCCAUAACAAGGUCCCCGUGCUGAUCCACGGCGGCAAGCCCGUCUGCGAGUCGCUGGUCAUCCUGCAGUACAUCGACGAGGCUUUCGGCGGAGCGGGCCCCGCCCUCCUCCCGGCCGAUCCCCACGAGCGCGCCGUCGCCCGGUUCUGGGCCGCCUUCAUCGAGGACACGCUCGUGAAGGCGAUGAACCAGGCGUCAUGGAGCAAGACGGAGGGGGAGAAGGUGGAGGGGAACAAGCAGGCGACUGCUGCGUUGAGGACGUUGGAGGUAGCCCUGAGGGAUGUCUCCAUGGGGAAGCCCUUCUUUGGAGGCGACAGCGCUGGGUAUGUGGACAUCGUGCUCGGCGGCCUCCUUGCUGGUGUGCGCGCCAUGGAGGCAAUACUGGGCGUCAAGGCCUUCGAACCGGAGACCAUGCCGCUCCUGGCCGCAUGGGCGGACAACUUCGGGGCGCUGGACGCGGUGGCGGCGGUGAUGCCGGACGUGGGCAGGCUGGUGGAGCUCUUCGUGAUGAUGCACGCUCAAAUUGCAACCGAGGCCGCCACAACAAACUAAUUAGAAAAAAAAAUGCCAUUAUAUAAUUUAUUUCAGCCUUUCUCGUGGAAAUUGCACUUCACUUUUUCAUGCUCA